AUGGAUACCCCGCGAAUUGGAUUCCUGUCCCUCGCCCUCGUGGCGCUUCUGGCGCUCUCGUCUUUCGCGCCUCCGGCGAGGGGCGACGCGUACGGGUCGGGCUCGGGGCUCGAUGCUACGCAGCACCCGUUCGGCGAGAGCCCGGUGCGUCUCUUCUCCUUCGCGUCGGGAUUCCGCUCCUUCGUCUCCCGCCAUUUGGCUGCAGGCGACGUCCUGGUGAUUCUCUUCUUCUCUCGGCACUGUCCGCAUUGCGUGCGCUUCAAGGAGACCUACAGGGCACUCGCGGAUGCGUACGGCGCGAGCGACUCCAGCGAGAAGAACGGCGUCUUCUUCGGGGCGAUGGACGCCGGCGCGGUCCAGGGCGACGACGGCAAGGAGUCGAUUUGGGAGAUUCUCCGCGAAUUCAGCGUCGCCUUCAUCCCCGAUGUGCGCAUCUUCGCGCCACUGCAUCUCGUGCGGAAAGAGGCGGCCGUCGGGGGGGGGUCAGUCGUGGACCUCGGCGCAGAGUACGCGAACGGCGGCCUGCCAGCGUGGACUCUGCUAGUCCCAAACGAUCACAUGACCGCGGAAGGCAUCGCCGGACUCAUCCGCGCACACAUCUCCACGGAGAACCUCGAAAAAAUGCGGGACACAGACCGCGACGAAUCCGACACCCAGCGUUCGCGUCUUUCGCUUCUGCAGAUGAUUCUGAAGAAUUUGUCAGCGACGUGCCCGUCGGCGGAGUUUUCUCCGGUGCGGCCGUUUUCGUCCUCUUCGUUGUGUCAAGGUCGCGAGCGCUGGGCGGCGGAGACGGAGCGUUUGCCUCCGCCGCAGGGCGCGGAUUUUCGCCUUCACGAUGCGCUCGCGGUCCUGCAGCACACGCUCCAGAGGUGGACUGUGGCGGGAGACGCGCUGACGUACCUGACGGCAGUGAAGGAGCGCAGUCUGUCUCGCUUCCUCGAGGUGGCUCGCUACGCGCUUCCAGGGAGGAACGUGAAGGGCGCAGUUUUCCGUCUGCUGCUGCUCCUUCACGAGAAGGGCUCAGGCCUGCAGCCGUUGCCUCCUGGCGCCCUCUCGGAGGAGCUCAUCGUCGACGCGCAGGCCGCGGCCGCGGCGCCCACAGGUGGAGGCGCAGAGGGCGACGGCGCGCGCGCGAGCCGGGCGACGCAGGCCGCAGAGGAUGCGAGUGAGGCGGAGGGGGACGUGCUGAGACUGACGCCGGCGCUGCAGAAGGCCGUGUGGAGCAAGGCGCUGGGGAGUCUCGCGAUCGCAGGCGUGUCGGGCGAGGAUGCCUCUGCGGGCGUGCAGCUGCCUGCGCUUCGGCACUGCACCACACUGCUCUGCGGCGUGUGGAGUCUACUUCACAUCAUCGCCGAAGGCAUGCACGUGCAGUUCACCCGCAGAGUCGCGCUUGCGAAGCAGAGAGGCCGCGCGCUGUUCGGCGAACCCCGGCCGCCAGCCGCGGAAGCCGCGCGCGGAGAGCAGAAGGAAGGAGACGCGGGCGCGGCGGGCGCAGAGAAGUACGAACUGAGCAGGGAGGAAGAAGAGAAGAAGGCGGAGGAGGAGGAAAAACCCGACAUCCACGGUCUGCAGUUCUUCGGUCCGUAUGACAGUCUGGCUGUCUACGCGGCAGAGAAGUACAAGCACCUGCUCGCGAGCGAGAAGCGCGCACAGAGCGAGGAGAAGGAGAGCACGCAGGCGGCGGGCAGGCCCGCGGCGGAGGAGACAGCCGAGGAAGGCCGUCGGCGGCACGCGCAGAACGAAGCGACGGCGCAAGGGGAGAGCGAAGCAGCCUACAUGGUCGAUGCUCUUGAGGAGGUCUACGGGCCCCUGGGCAACAAACGCAUUCUCAAGACGUUCGAGGCGGAGCUGGUCGCGCUGGAGACGCGCUUCAUCGUCCCCGCGAUUGUCGUCCAGGCGUCGAUGCGCGACUGGAUCUUCUCAUUUUUCACGUGCAUCGCCUGCCGGUCGCAUUUCUUGGAGUGCUUUGAGCGCGGAUUCUACGGUCGCGAGGAGGUGUCUGCGCCGGCCGUCUACGCUGAAGAGACGCAGGACGCACUCGAGAGCAAACGCACGCGUCUGCGCGUGGCGCUGGAGCGAUUCUUCGCGGGCAAGGAUCAGCCAGGAACUCUCGCUGCGAAGGGCGAGGCGGAGGCCGCGGCGGGAGACGCAGGCGCGGCGGCGGGGGGGGAGAAGGAGCGGUUGCUGGAGGGGCUGCCGGCGAGUGUGUGGCUUUCGCGGGAGUUUUUUGUUGUGCGCGACGGGCUCGAAGUGGCUGAAGAAGCAGAGAACUUGAAGCACCUGCAGCUCUGGCUCUGGCGGCUCCACAACGCAGUCAGCGUGCGCACAGCCGUGGAGGCGACGGUAGAGACGCUUUGGUUUUCAGAGGGUGCGCGCGUGACAGACAGCCACGCCGCGGAGUCCCAGGCCGCAGACGAGCCUCUGGGCGUCGGGGAGCUAGCGAAGCGCGGCCUGAACUUUGCGUAUUUCCUCCGCGUGGAUCCGCGCUGGCCGCCGGCGCAGCUCGCCGCCUCCUGUCGCGUGCCGGCGCGGAAGCCGUUCCUGCUCACCCCCGAGUACGUCGCCGCGAAGGGCGCGAGCGAGGCGGUGCCGCUGUGCGAGAACGUGGACUUCACGGAUGACUUUGACUUGGAAGAAGUUCGCCAGUGGCUCAAGCGGACUUACUGGAACGACGCCUGGGCAGGGGGGGGGACGGGGCCUGCAGACGAGGAGGGCGACGGGGCUGCCGCUGUCGACCUCGUCUUCGAUGGAGCCGCGGGCGCCUUCCGCGCCUCCCGCCCGCCGCGCCGACUCGCUCUCGCCUCGCUGCGUGGGCGCGAGACGACGAGAUAG